CAGAAAGAACAGUAAAAAUGCAGGCAGGGCACAGGACAAAGCACUCGGGUCAAAAUUGAAUUUAGUGAAUGUCACUUUUUGUCAUUUUCAAAUUUCCCGCUAGUUCCAUCCCCAUACGUCCCGACGCUCGCAGGGGAUGGAACCCAAAUGACAGAUGCCGGCAUCCGCCGGAUUACAUUGCCGGGGAUACUGCAGGAGGGACAUCUCGGGAGCGCAGGACAAGGUAAGUGAUCAAGGGAUCCUGGAGCAACGCGGCAUGGUAAGCCCGAGUGUAGCUCGGGGUUACCGUUUGUGGUACUGAAA